GUAACAUGAAAUUAAAUGACAACAAUACCCUCAAUUUUGCAUUCCAUCCUGAGAACAAAUUAAAUAUGUUCGUAGUUUUGAAAAAUGUAACGGAAUAUGCGUCGAAACACAUGUGGAUGCAUUUGUCAUAUACAACGGAAAACAGAUUUGUUAGUUUAUCUAUUUCGCCAGAAAAUGGAACAUUUUCUAUAGAUAAGCGCCUGUCGGACUUGAAGGAAAUUAACGUGACUCUACAGUUCUCAACAGUGGAAACCAAAAUUUGUAGAGGACGCCGUGAUGAUUCGUUACCCUUGUUAAUUAAUCCUGGAGUUUGCCUAAGAGCACAACAAUGUUAUGUUGUGUUGAAUUCGUCAGAUUUGCAAUCCACAAGAAAACGUUCAUUCAGGAAACCUGUAAAGCAGCCUAAAGGUAUAAAACUAAACAAUACCGGUGUAAACGAAACUAAAGAAACAUUCACAGUCUUCGAGACUCACACCGCAAGUGACACCGAGAGGGAUCACACAAAUGCAGAUCCUUCUAGUAACACAACCACUAUAAUAUCCGUGGUUUCCGUCAUUGUGAUAAUUGCUGUGCUAGUUAUAGCAGCUUGGAAAUGUUUUAGAAAACAUGAAGCUCAGAGUGUCCCUCAACCACAGGAUCUCACAAAUAGAUAUUACGAGAACAUAGCACUUCGACGAAAGUCUGAUGAUACUGAGAAUGCAUCACAACCUCAGAUCCAAGAAUCAGCUGAAGAGCCGGUGUAUGAGGAAAUUUAGCUCACACCUAGCCUAUUCUAUGAUUUUAUAUACGCAGAACCUUAUUCAGAAUUUGAUAAAAUUGUAACUAAUACCCUGUUUGAGAAGAUGACGGAAUGUUUUAGUAAAGAGAAAAACUAAAAAGUCCAACGUAAUAUAAAAGUUACAGAAGUUUUUGAGCUUCACCGUCCCAGCAGUAGGCAUUUCGCUAUAAGAUCCUGUAUUAUAAUAAAUGAAUAAAAUAUC